UGCUGUAUAGACGGUUAGUCCAUAAAAACGUUGUACUAGUGCGUCACCGAGAAGGACGGGCCCAUUACGGCUUAGGCGCCGAUUUGAGAAUUUGCAUGCGAGAGUUCAAUAGUUUGUGUAGUGCUUUCGCCGAGGAGGACCCACGGAGACAUCUUCACGCGUUGAGAAUAAAAUGGGGAUUGGUAUUUUCCUCAGAUCGCUGAUUCUCCUCUUCAUAUUGAUUUUUGAUCACCCGAUAACAUUGAAUGCUGACGAUGAGCCCCUUAUAGAGAAAAUGACAACCAUAAUGAACCAGGAUCAAUGCAAGUACAAGCUCCUCUCCUGCAGGGCCGGAGAGAGCAGAAUGCUAGCCCCCGCCGAAAAGGAUUGCAAAGACGCUUUCAAGGCAUUUAAAAAACUCUCGCAGGAAGUAAAGUCUCAUGUUUGUCCUAAAGCUCGGAGCCCCGAUUGUCGUCAUGAUCCCAGUAUCUCUUGGAGCUGCGCUUUCAAAUGUGACCUGACUUCGAAGGAAGCACAAUAUUACUACACGCAAAGACGCACGCACCCGCCGCAAUCACAUUCAAAACCAUUGAAAGAUAUUUUGUACCAAAUACGUGCCUAUCAAGGUGAACUCGAGAGGAUAGAACGCCGAAAUAACGCAUUUCCACAGAUUUGGGAUCUAUAAGGUCCUGGGUUUGACUUUAAUUGGAAUGCUUUCACAAAUUUACAUGUGAUAUGCACGAUGAAACCUGAUCAUGACGAAACGUCCUCACGACCAUAUCACUGAAAAAAACUGUGCUUGUUUCAAGCAUGAUGAUUCUUGCAUUUGUCGCCAAGAAUUUUUCUUAUCUUGAUGUACGCUGAAUUCUUCUUGAUACAAGGAAAAAUGCUCGGGCUAAGCAGAAAAGUAGUUUACAUUAAGCAGCAAAAUUCUUGAUUCAAGAAAAAAUACUUCUUGGCGGCAAAUUUAAGAUUCCUUUUUUUUCGGUGAUUCGGAAAACUGUUCUUGUCGGAAACGUAAACCCCGUGAAUGCAAGUGAGCCUUUUCAUGAGGAAAACAUGCCAUAAAUGUGAAACUUUCCAACUGCUAGAUUUAAUUAUGACCAGGUCUAAUGGAAAUUUACACCUGGUAUUUGUUCGGCAAACACAUGCAAACUGAUGCAUUCAAACCUGCUAUUAACGAAGAUAUUCUUCCACCCCUCCUAUUGCAUUACAACUGACAUGCAAUUUACAUUGUAUGACAUUUGAGGGAGUCUAUUAUUUAAGUAAUAUUGUCUGAAUAAAUGACUCUUU